CAACUAUUCUUUCCGGUUGAACCCGAACGGACGACCGAGAGCGAGAGAGAGAGAGAGAGAGAGAACGAGCGAGAGGGAAGGGAAAGUCGCUUCCUUCUCCGUCCCUGGGGCAAAGCUUCGUACCAGACUUAGGGAAGAAAAUUGCAGUGAUUAGCAACUUCCUGCUGCCCCGUUAAAGAAUGUCUUCGAAUUUCUGGACCUCUUCUCACUUUCGGCAGCUUAUGGACCCCGAAGACGUCGAUGUGGUUCAGCAACUGGACAAAGACAGAGGCAUCACGCUUGAAGAUUUCAAGCUCAUUAAGAUGCAGAUGGCCAAUUAUAUAGCAAAAUUGGCUCAGUCCGUUAAAGUAAGGCAAAGGGUUGUUGCCACUGCAAUUACUUACAUGAGACGGGUCUAUAUCAGAAAGAGUAUGUCAGAGUAUGAUCCACGGCUUGUUGCUCCAACCUGCUUGUAUUUGGCAUCGAAAGCAGAAGAGAGCACAGUGCAAGCCCGAGCGCUUGUGUUUUACAUAAAGAAAUUAUAUAGCAAUGAUGAAAAGUUUAAGUUUGAGAUCAAAGACAUACUCGAGAUGGAAAUGAAGAUUUUGGAAGCUCUUAACUACUACUUAGUAGUCUUUCAUCCAUAUCGCUCAUUGUCUCAGUUCUUGCAAGAUGCUGGCGUCCAUGAUGUCAAUAUGAUUCAGUUGUCGUGGGGACUCGUGAAUGACACCUACAAGAUGGACCUGAUUCUUAUGCACCCACCUCAUCUGAUUGCCUUGGCUUGCAUUUACAUCGCCAGCGUGUAUAGAGAAAAAGACGUAACGGCCUGGUUUGAGGAGCUUCGAGCUGAUAUGAAUGUGGUGAAAAACAUAUCAAUGGAGAUCUUAGAUUUCUAUGAAGAGCAACACAGAUUGGCUGGGGAGGAUAGAACUGGUGCAGCUUUCAGCAAGCUUAGCUCAAAGCCAUAGCUUUAUAUAUAUGGAUCGAUGUCCACCUUCAAUAAUGUUGUAACGUGAAUCCUCAGUUAUGUUGCAUCGAACUUCUAUGUAAUCGCACUCGGCCAGUAACACAGAAUGAUUCCUCUCUUCUACUUCUGUAACAAAACUAGAUGCCCAGAGGCCUUAUUCAACGGAGCAUUAGAUAGAUACUAGAUAGAGAGUUGCAUUUCUUCACUGUUGCGGAGUCCUUGAGUACUUCUGUCAGUGCUUAGCCUUGUUCUUAGAGCGUCGUUGCUGCUUCUCUGCAUUCGCCUUCUGGCUUCAGAUGCUGCGAAGAACUCCUUCCACUCAUCGGUCAGCACAAAAGUCGGAUCGUCGUCAUCGUCGUAGUCAUCUCCUUGCUCAGCUGCUUCGUCUAGGGCUUUAAAAUCAACCGCAGGCUCCGUCCUGUUUUAAAUCGAAUGGCCACAAACCAGAAGUUAGGAAGAACCAACUUCGGACACGAAAAGAACAAACAGCAGAGAUAUGGAUGUAGGAUGUACGAAGUAGUGGGGAAAGGGUUGAUGGGUUCGGCAGCGGCAGCGGCAGUGGGUAAGCAGUCGCCGGUAGAUGUCGAUUCUGCAUCGGAGGGACAAACGUCGGGAGUUGACCAGUAUUGUGGCGGUGGCAGUGAUGGUGGUGGUUGCAGUAAUGGUGGUGGUGGCAGUGGUGGUGGUGGUGGUGGUGACGGACAGCUGGUGCUGGUGGUGGUGGUGUUAAAAAUGGAAGGGGGUGACGGUGGUGGUGGCAGUGGUGGUGGUGGGCGAAGGACGAUGGGCACAACCUGAAUUUCUGUCUAGUUUCCAUAACCUCUUUAAUCAAAUGAAUUUGAUGGAUCUGAAGAUCCAAAGCCGCUUU